UAUAUAUCUAUAUAGAUAUAUAUAAACAGAAGUUUUGCCUUUUCUUUGAGCACUCAGCUGCUACGUUCCCCUUCUGUUUUGCGCUCCAACGUGCUGCAGGACUGCUUGUAUUGUUAGGCAGAGUGAUUGGGGUCUCUGUACAAUCUCCCGUGACCAAUGAGCGGGGUGCUGUCAGGGGUAACUACAUCUGUCAACCGUUCUUGGCCAAUAAAGAGCGGAGCGAGGCGGACCACAGGUGCGCGCCUCUGCGUCCCCUUGGCACAGCGCCCGGGAGAUGCUGGAGAGACGCCUUGCUGCCCCGUGGCGCAAAAGAGUUACUGUCAAAGGCAGCCUCCUUUUAACUCCAGCUUUCACUCUGUUCUACAUAGUUAUGGCGACCGCAACGUCCAACCACUACAGCGUGCUCACCACCCCCAGCAGCGCGCCGCCGCCUCACUCGGAGUCUGGGAGCAUGCAGCAGGCGGCAGCAUACAGAGACGCGCACACCCUGCUCCAUAGCGACUACGGCACGUUACCAGGUGGUGGGCAUCCGCUCAGCCACGCACACCAGUGGAUAACGGCGCUGUCUCAUAGUGACAGUGGGGCGCCCUGGCCAUCAAGUCCCCUCGGAGACCAGGACGUGAAGCCCAUACUGCAUGACAGUGACCGAGAGGAGCUGCAGAACUCCAGCAGUCUGCAACAGCAGCAACAGCGACACCCUCACCUAGCGCACCAGCAAGCGCAUCACGACGCCAGAGCAUGGCGAACCAGCACAGCCACAACGCACAUCUCCGGUAUGGCGACAUCUGAGGGCCAGAGCCUGACGUACUCCCAGUCCGGCUUUGCUCUAAUGCCGGGAGGAGAGCAAGGAGGAAUGCACCACCACCCCCUGCGGGAUGAGGAGCACCACAGCCAGAGUCCGCACCUCAGUGAGCACGGGGGCGGCCCCGGGGCCCACCAUCAGUCUCUUUCCCACCAUCACCAGCACGGGGGCCAUCAGGACCAGUCGGACGAGGACACGCCGACCUCUGACGAGUUGGAACAGUUUGCCAAGCAGUUCAAGCAGCGGCGAAUCAAGCUGGGCUUCACGCAGGCGGACGUGGGACUGGCUCUGGGGACGCUCUAUGGAAACGUUUUUUCUCAGACCACCAUUUGUAGGUUCGAGGCUCUUCAGCUUAGCUUCAAAAACAUGUGCAAACUCAAGCCCUUGUUGAACAAGUGGCUGGAGGAGGCGGACUCCACGUCGGGGAGUCCCACCAGCCUGGAUAAAAUCGCAGCGCAGGGGAGGAAAAGGAAAAAGAGGACCUCCAUCGAAGUGGGCGUCAAAGGCGCUCUGGAGAGCCAUUUUCUGAAAUGUCCGAAACCAGGAGCGGCUGAGAUCAACUCCCUGGCAGAUAGCCUGCAACUGGAGAAGGAGGUGGUAAGGGUUUGGUUUUGUAACCGGCGGCAGAAGGAGAAGAGGAUGACGCCCGCUGGGGGACAGAUAGCAGGAGAGGACAUGUACGGGGACACCCCUCCUCACCACGGAGGACAGACUCCUGUGCAGUGACCCCCCGUGCGUCAUUUGGAGAAAAACACGGACCCCAAACGGAGGCGUAAUCCCUCCUUUCCUAUUUAAUUCUCUGCGCUGGACCGAUUGGAACAGCAGGUGUGGAUGUGGGAAGGACACAGCGGGGACAUGGAGUGGCACCGAGGCGCUAAAUGCUCAUUGCAGCGAUGUAAGAGGUUUCUCCCGGCGAGCUGAUUGAGCUAAUAUGUGCUAACCAAAAA